GUUUAGGCUAGCGAGUCCAGGGGUAUUAUUGUUGCGACAAUCCUUGCUAGGUGCACUAUAAGGUUAUUAAGACGGGUCAGACCGUGUAUUACGCAUAUGAAUGUAUGUAAACUUCCAAUUAAAAUCUCGUCUGUAUUAUGUAGAGUCUCAUUAUGUAAUGCUCUGAUACUGCUCAAACACCAUCAACAGGACGGUCAACAACCUAUCGGUCAUAAUAUGCGCCAGAAACGGAUUUGCGAGAAUUUCAAUCUUUCAUGCAAACACACCAAGAGUUUUCUUCAUCUGCCUCCUUCUGUACGGCGUCAGGUAUAUGAAGAAGCCGGUCUCAUAGUUGGAGCUGACAUUGUUCUCUGCCGAAGACCCCCAAAGAUAUGGUUCGAGGAACGCACCACAGAAGAUGAGGACAGACUCUAAAGCUGCACCUCAUUUGCGAUACGGGUAGCGAUGAGAAAACACGAGCCGUCUUGCAACCGCUCAACGAUAACUUGUACUUGCAGACUGUCAUAUCCGUCUU